CCGUUCGGUUUAGUGCGCGAGUGGAUGCAGACAAGUGGCGAAUUAGUCGUUACGAGAGAAGUUACUUAACUCUUCUUGUGCUGGUUUUACUCGGUGGCUUUGUGCUUUUGCCGGACUUUUUUUCCCUGGUUGCAGGCCAUUGCUGAGUCCGGAGGGGGCGCGUUUUCCGGAUUUUCGUGUGGUGACCGUUACUUUGGAUUAUUAUUUAUUAACCAUUGAUCUUCGGCGCGGAUUUCCUGGUAUACGUUACUUGGACAUUGGGUGGCUCAUUGAUUAUUCAUAAGUCAAAAGUGAAGAGUCACCAAAUGGACGAAUCUGGUGUCUAAACCGUACGGGGUAUUGGCGUCAGUUAUUUAGCACCACUGAAAUGGACGCUGAUAGUAGCUACGGAGGCAGCGACACAGCUCAAGAUUCUCACUCGGGGCACGACCACAGCUCGAGCUACGACAACCACAACGACGUUACCACCACCGUGAUACAUAGCAUGCCGAAUUCGCCAGAAGAAGCAAUUAAUAACCAGUACUACCAUAAAAACGAAGUGACGUUACCUAUACAUUACGAAGACGAAACUGACAACAUCGCCAAGACCAAAGAACCUCAUUAUUUGUCUACUGUCAAUUUAAAUAUUAAACAGAGUCUGGAGAACCACAGUAAUUUAGAAGAAAUGAGUAAGAACUAUAAGAGUACUAGUUACUUGAACAGGGAUUCGCCUAGCAGUGCUAGAAAGGAUGUUGGUAUUGAGAAUCCUGCUUUUGAUGAAGAUGAACUGGUUACUGAAAAAGUAAAAAGUACAUUUAAUAAUGGAGAACUGGCUCGCGGAUUGUCUACACAGACUAAACAGGAAGAACCAAUGGCGGAAGCAGUUAAUUUGGAGCUAAUCAAUUUAAAACCAAAUGGUAAAGAUGUGGUGGGACCAUAUGAAAACGGUUUGAACGGUGUUAAUGGAAUACCCGUUAAAAAAGAAGACGAUGCUGAAAUUGGAAAUCCUUAUGACGAGUAUUUUGUUCCUGUUAAUGAACAUCGCAAAUAUAUGAGCGCAACCAGAAAGGGUCGCAACAGCGUCACCUUCGCUGAAACUGUUGCGGCUGGCGAAGAGACCGAUCUCUCCAACGACGAUACCAUUGAGUACCCCCGAUGGAUGAACCAACCACCACGGGGCGAAAAACUAUACCUCACAAUGGACAAAAGGAAUAAGAAAAGCCGUAGCAAAUGCCUUUGCUGGGUUAUCUGCUUAUCCAUCGUAGCUGCGGCAUUAAUCAUUGGAAUUUUAGCAGCAGUGGGUAUAAUAGGAAAUCAAGGACCAAUAGCUCCAAAAGAAAUCACUGCCAGGAACUUCGAUGGAACAGAGGCCCAAGUUAAAAGUGCUGGAAUAUAUGGAUCUUCGAACGAUAAACCACCUGAUGAAGUUUCUCCAAGUUCAAGACCUCCUCUAAGUACCGUUUCCAGCUUGUUACCUUCUACUGAUACUUCAAUGAUUGAAGUUCCAAGGGUACUUGAGUCCCAAAUAGUAAUUGACAAUAUGGAAUUUACUGAUGCCUUAUAUAAUAAAAACAGUACUGAAUACCAAGCGUUAGCAAGGUCAUUAGAAGAAGAACUGAAGAACAUCCUAUUUACACACGACAUAUUAAACUACGGAUCAGCAAAUAUUGAAAUGAAAAUUAUGGAAUUUUUGCCUGGCAGUAUAGUUGCAAGAUUUCGUGUAGCUUGGACAUUUAAAGAAGGCAUUCACAACGCCAAGGAUCCAAUCAACCAAGAAAUGCUUAAUAAAAAAAUAUUUAAUCUCCUGGAACGCCAUAACGGUCUUAUGGAUACCUACCACUUGGCAAAUCAACCUUCAGACACCAGGAAAGUGAUUGACCAAUGCCAAAUACAAAACAACGGGUGUGAACACUUGUGUUUCUUCGACUACAAUAACAGCCUUGAUUUUAUUUGUACUUGCCCAGAAGGUAAAGUGCUUGCAAAUAAUGGGAAAAAUUGUGAAGAAAUGGCUUUCCAUGUGCACGAACCAUCGACUAAUCCCGAGCCUGAACCGGCCGCUAAACCUGAAAAUUCUGCAUCGUCAGACGCAUCUCCUGAGCAUGAAGCAUCGCCAGAGCAUGAACCCUCUGCUGAACCUGCACCAGCUCCUGAGCAUGAACCAUCUGCUGAACCUGAACCAGCUCCUGAGCCCGAAGCAUCGCCAGAGCAUGAACCAUCUGCUGAACCUGAGCCAGCUCCUGAGCAUGAACCAUCUGCUGAAACUGAACCAGCCCCUGAGCCCGAAGAUUCGCCAGAGCAUGAACCCUCUGCUGAACCGGAACCAGCUCCUGAGCCCGAAGGAUCGCCAGAGCAUGAACCGUCUGCUGAACCUGAACCAGCUCCUGAGCCCGAAGCAUCGCCAGAGCAUGAACCAUCUGCUGAACCUGAACCAGCUCCAGAGCCCGAAGCAUCACCAGAACCUGAAUCUUCUACUGAACCUGAAGCAUCUCCUGAGCAUAAAGCAUCACCAGAGUAUGAAUCCUCUGCUGAGCCUCGACCAUCUGUUGAGCCCGAAGCAUCAUCAGAAUCUCAAUUCUCUGCUGAACCAUCUCACGAGCAUGGGGCAUUACCAGAGCAUGAACAUUCGGCUGAACCUGAGUCGUCUUUUGAGCAUAAAACACCAGUGACUGAACCCUCUGCCGAACCAGAACCGUCUUCAGAACCUGAAACAUCUCCUGAACCUGAACCCUCUGCUAAGCAAGAGUCAUCUUUUGAACCAGAAGGUCCUCCUAACUCUGAAACCUCUACUGAACAAGAACCUUCUGCUGAACCUGAGCCUUCUGCAGAGCCAGAGCCAACAUCUGAGCCGGAACCAUCUUCAAAACUAGAACCCUCUUCCCAACCGGCACCUUCGGUUGAACAUGAGGUCGCUGCUCAAACAACCAUUCUUCCUGAAUCAAAACCUUCUGUUAUACCGGAGUCUUCAUUUGAACCUGAACUUACUGCUGAACACAACUUCUCUCAACCUUCUGCUAAAGUAGAACCCUCCACAGAGCAUGAAUCUUUGGCUGAAUCAACUUCGUCCCCCGAAACCGAAUCUUCCCUAGAACAUGAUCCUUCAAAAUCCGUUCCUGAAGUAGAACCUACUAUUAAACCAGAAAUUUCUGUAGAACCUACGCUAUCUCCUGAACCCAAAACGUCUCCAGAGCCUGAACCAUCAUCUUCACCUGUGCUUGAAGUUUCUGGAACAUCAUCACAAGAGCCAACAGAUCACGAAAGCUUGACAGAAAAAACAAAUUCGCAAUCAACUUUCAAUGAGAUACACCAGAAUGAAAUUCACGUGAUUCCCAGUGUAGUGGAAACUACAAGCCAAGUCACUACAACUCCUUCACAUACGGAAGCAACUGAAAGUUCAAAGUCCAACGGGGAAUCUAGACAUCUUGGUUUGGGUCAUGAAAUACUGGCUGAAGAUACGACGAAUGAAGUACCUGAUUCAAAUACUGAAUUCCUUUUACAUCAACACGAUGAUGAUUAUCACUUUCAUAAUGAAGAAGCUACUUAUUUAGAUCCCAGUACCACACCAAAACUUCUUGAACAUGAAAAUGAGAGAAUAAUGGAUAAUUCUACUCAUGAACAAAUGGCCACCAUAAAUGAUCACUUAGAUAAAGCAUUUAUGACUGAGAGUAGUACGCAUGUUAAUUCAAGCGAGGAAUCUCAACAUAUUAUUCCAGUUAUAGUGGGUGCUCCAGAAACAACAACACAUAAGGCAGAAAUUGUCACAGAGGCUACGACACCUAGCUUGUUUUCAGAUGCCAAAAUGAAAGAGUUGGAGAUGGUAAAAGUGAUUGUUCCUGAAGCCGAAGUUGUCACCACCACAGAUUCUUCUAAUUCAAUCGAUAAUAAAAUAAAUGCAGAUCCAUUAAACAAAACUGAAGAAGCUACAGUACACAUAAGUCAUAUCAUCAUAGAUGAAGCUGAACCUAAAGUUACAGAUCUUACUACAACUGAAAAAUCAGUAAACAUAACUGAAACACAAAACCUCACAGUUACUACAGAACAUCAGACAGAGAAUAUUAUUGAACAUAACAUGUCUCCAUUUUUACCGGAAAUUGAAAAUGAUACGUUGGUAAACAUAUUGCAUUCCGGGGAUCACUUCAUUGAGCACCCCUAUGUUAUUAACGAGACAGGAAGUCAUGAAUCAGGCGAAGUUCAUCCUCCUAGUUUGGAAAAUGAUCAACUAAACCACACGAAUCCCUUCGAUCCACACCCCACAGAUGUUUCAGGCUUAUCUGUAAUACCUUUAGGCAACGAGGAUAAUGAAAUAAGCGAAGAUACCAACCCAAAGUUCCAUAAUGAUGUGACAACAACUAUUAAAAUUCAAGAGGAGGCUACUACUUUAAACCCAAUGAGCUCUAGUACAUCAGAAAGUAAUAAAGAACAUGAAAAUGGAACUCUUCCACCAGAAAUAUAUAACAAUGUCCACAGCAACAGCUUUUUCGAAGAAGCAAUUAACAGGCAGAAUAAUGUUCAUAUGGCUAAAGGAAUGAAAGAUGUGGUAAUGACGUCAGUUGAAGGAAGCACCACAGAGACGACUACAAACAGCACCACUAAUACAACUGAAGAUAUUCCCACUUCUUCUCACUCUCCUUCAGACGAUGCUAAUGCAAUAGAUAUUAAUUCUAGCACAGAAGACUUAAUAGCAAUGGAAGCAACAACCAAUAAUGUUAAAUCUGAAGGUACGACUGCACCAAACGAUACUACUGAGGUGACAACUAUUAUAAUAAACGAAACUUCUAGUGAACUACCACAUAAUAUUGUGCCAGAAUCUACUGAAAUGCACGUAGAUGGGAUGGAAGACAUGCACGUAGGGAUGAAAGACAUGGAUCAAACCACCAUGAUAAAUGACGUUUCAGUAACAACUGAAUCAAAUAUACCAGAAAAGAACGAAUUGGAACAAGAGAUAGUUACUACUGAACAUUUGACAACUGAGGCCAAUCUAGUAGCAAGUAGCGAACGUGCUGCUAUAAUAGGAAAAAAUGAAAAUGAAAACGAACUGAAGCCAACUCCUGAGGCGUCCACAGACAAAAUAAUCGAAACUACGGUUUUACCCCAAGAGCAAUAUGAGGUGAAGGAAAUUUCAGAGGCUGAUGUUACGACCACCGAGAGGUUAUUUGUAACCACCAAAGCUAAAGAAGAAAUGUCCUCCCCAGAGAUUGAACCAGAUCUUUUGGUAGAACCGCUUGAUAGUGUUAAUGAUAUAUCUCAAGAAGAUCAAAGCGUUAUGGAUAAGUUUAAGACUACAGAAGAAAACGAGCUGAAAGAAAAGAAUGAAAUAAGCUCUGAUGCAACUACUUAUGAAAAAAUCGACAGUAAAGACUUAUUUGGAAAUGGAGUGCAAGUUGAAGUUGAGGCGUCAUCGGAGAUAAGUACCACGCAAAAGCUGGAUGUAAUCAGCAAUAUGACGAGUUUAAAUGAUAUUAAACCUGUGACAGAGGAUUAUACUCUGUUCAGCUUUCCAAGAUGUGCAACAGGACAAUUUCAAUGUAUAAAUGGAACCUCAAGAAAAGAUGGUAGCUACUGUAUCCCCGACCAUGAUAGGUGUGAUUCUGUGUCUGAUUGUAACGACGGAUCUGAUGAAUUGGGUUGUGUCGAGGCAGGAUGUCCAAAUAAUUUUAGGUGCUCAAGCGGCCAAUGUCUCAAGAGACAUCUCGUCUGUGACGGCAUCAUAAAUUGUAACGACGGCAGUGACGAGGAAAAUUGCUCAUCUUGGACCUGCAGCUUCGACGAGUUCAGUUGCACUGGGAGCAAACGUUGCAUCCCAUUGGCCUGGAAAUGCGACGGUAGAUCCCACUGUACAGACGGAUCAGAUGAGCAAAACUGUCACAUCACUCAAUGCCAAAAUAAUUCGUUCCAUUGCUCGGAGCAAGACUCUUGCGUUCCAGAGAGCUGGAGGUGCGAUGGAAGAGCCGAUUGUGGUAAUGGCGAAGAUGAAAAGUUUUGUGAAUGCAGAAGUGAACAAUUUAAAUGCCAAAUAGGAGGUGGGUGCAUUGAUGAAAGCAUGAGAUGUGACGGGAUUCCUCAGUGUGCUGAUCGCUCUGAUGAAUGGCACUGCCUUUCUUUAACAAAUGUUACCAAUAUUGAAAAUGUUUUACAGAUUCAAGAAGAAAACAACACAUAUAUACCCAUAUGUUUGGAUGAAAACGCCUGGAAUAGUAGUUAUGCCACCUUGGCAUGCCAGGAUCUAGGCUAUCCUGAAGCCAUCGAAAUUAAAGCCAUUGAUAAACCUGAAGGAUUAAACUUCAAAGCUUUCUACAAACUAGAACCUAAAGCACUAGAACUCUCAUUAAUGACCCAAAUGAGUAAAGUGGUUGAUGGUACUUGUGGCAAACUGGCUAUACUCCAGUGCCAAGAGUUUGCUUGUGGUAGUAGCAACGAACGUGCCUUAGGAUCCAGAAUUCUUGGUGGUAAUAAAGCAGCAACAACCCAAUGGCCCAGCUUGACCCUACUCUACGACAAAAAACGUAACGUUCAAUGUACCGCAACAUUGAUUGCUCCCAUGUGGGCUAUCACCAGUUACUCCUGCAUCGUGUCACAGGAAAAUGUUAUACCAGAAGCGGAAGAAUGGGUUUUAUAUGCUGGCAGUACCAAUAUUUUCUCAGGGGAUAAUUCAAGCACUCAAGUGGGAAAAGUGAAAGAGUUCGUGGCACACCCACAGGCAAAGUACUCCCAUUAUGAGUUUGUAAAUGAUGCGGCUUUAGUGCAUCUUAAGAGUCCGCUUACUUUGGGGCGAAAUGUCAGCACCGUUUGCUUACCGGAUAAAGAAAUCGAAUCCAGACAGUUGUGCAUUUUGGUUGGAUGGGGUGCCAAUAAACCUGGAGAUCCUAGCAAAGAACAAUACUUACACUACCUGCCAGUUCCUAUAAUAGAUAAUAGCGAGUGUAAUUCAACCAAACAUUACAACGGACUGAUGAAUAAUGACAAAAUUUGUGCCGGAUUUACCGAUUCGGAAAAAACCACUUGCUAUAAGGACGAGGGGGCACCCCUAAUGUGCUUCUCGGAAUCUGACAACCGUUGGGAACUACAAGGUAUAUUAAGUCAUCACGAAAAUUGUGGCGUCAGCAAACACCCGGCCAUUUAUUCCUCCGUAAAUUCGAAACUGAAACGAUGGAUCACCAAUACAAUUGGACAAGCGCUCAUCAGCGGAAGCACGUGAUCGAUUUUUGUAAAAAUUAGCUGUGAUUUUUUUUAAACAUAUUGUAUAGACUGUAGAAUGUAUGAUUUCUUCUAAAAAAUGGUUGACGUGUGAUAAUUGUAUUGGCUUGUGGAGUCUUGCAAGUGUAAAAAAGACUGUUUCAAGAUGUCAUAUUAUGAGCUGAUACUUUAUAUAUCCAUACUUCCAAACAUUCCUGUUCAUGUAAAUACACUUUAAAUUGUUAUUUAGUGCAAUAUAAAGUAGCUUUGAAAUGUUGCGUUGGUCCAUCGAUGAAAACAUAAGUUUUAGGCAUUAUAUUACUGGCUGUCAUAUGCUCAACUGACCUUAGGUUUUACAAUAUAUUUGAAUAAAAGCAUUGUGGAACCUAGGAUUACUAAUGUACAGAUCUUUUAGCUUAAGGUUUAGGUUUAAGCCCUCCUUUGUAUAAUAUACAAUAAUUUGUUUUUUUUAGUAUAGUUCCUUAUUAUAAAAUACAGAUUAGCUAGAACUGAAAUUUCAUAAAAUUUUUUAUGUUUAUUGUUAAUAAUUUUAUCAUACCAACCUCUUUUAAUAUUAAUUUUUAAUCAUUUAUUUAGUAUGUAAGAAUAUAUUUGUAAAACCGUCCCACCAUAGUGCUAGUCAAGCAUACCGUGCCAAUGUGCAACAUUUUAUUGGGAAUAUUUUUUAUUGUAUAUACUAGAAAGGCAACUGUCCAAAUUGUAACACUUUACGUAUAAAAUACUAAAAAAUAUGUAAUAAAGUAUAAGUAAGUAAAA